AUGGCUAACUCUACUACAGUCACAGAUGUUUCAUUAGAAACCACUUUUUUAGGUCAUAAAUUAUCUAACCCUUUCAUGAAUGCUUCUGGUGUUCAUUGUAUGACUACAAAAGAAUUGGAUGAAAUGGCAAACUCAAAUGCCGGUGCAUUCAUUACUAAAAGUGCCACUAGUAUAGAAAGAGCUGGCAACCCUGAACCACGGUAUUACUCUGUACCAUUAGGUAGUAUCAACUCUAUGGGGUUACCAAAUAAAGGUAUUGAUUAUUAUCUAGAAUAUGUUUUAAAACGUCAAGAAAACUUCCCUAACGCUGGUGUAAUUUUCUUUUCUGUUGCUGGUAUGAGUGUUGAUGAAAAUAUUAAGCUAUUACAAAAAAUACAAGAUAGCAGCUUUAGCGGUGUGACUGAAUUAAAUCUAUCAUGUCCAAAUGUACCUGGUAAACCACAAGUUGCUUAUGAUUUCGAAUUGACAAAGGAAAUUUUAACAAAAGUUUUUGCGUUCUUCAAAAAACCUUUGGGUAUUAAAUUACCUCCAUUUUUUGAUUUUGCUCAUUUUGAAAUAAUGUCUAAUAUUUUAAACCAAUUUCCUUUGACUUAUGUUAACUCAAUUAAUAGUAUAGGUAACGGUCUUUACAUUGAUGUGGAAAGUGAAAGUGUAGUUAUCAAACCAAAAAAUGGAUUUGGUGGUUUAGGUGGUGAAUAUGUUAAGCCUACUGCCUUGGCUAAUGUUCGUGCUUUCUAUACUCGUUUGAACCCAAAUAUUAAAAUUAUAGGUACAGGUGGUAUUAGAACCGGUCAGGACGCCUUCGAACAUUUAUUAUGUGGUGCUACUUUAUUACAGAUCGGCACUGAGCUACAUAAAGAAGGUAUUAGUAUCUUCGAUCGUGUUGAAAAGGAAUUAAAAGAUAUAAUGGCUAAAAAGGGGUACAAAUCUAUCGAUGAAUUCCGUGGUAAAUUGAAUAGCUUAUGA